AUGCCCGCGGCCGCGAGGCGGGCGGCGGGCGCGCAGGCGGCGGGCGGCGGCCUCCGGAGGCACAGGGCCCGGCGCGCCCCGACGACGCUCAGCACCUCCCCGUUACUGGCGCCGGCGCUCCCGGGCCAUCUCCCUCCGCCCGCACCACGCUCUGCUCAGCCGGGCAGCGGCGAACCGGGGGGAGGGGGCAAGAAGACGCGUCCGCCUCCUCGCGCACGUCAGCUCUUUCCGGUUGCCGCCACAGGACCCCAGCGUACGCCCGGCCGCCACCGUUCCAGUUUAGGGGUCGUCGGGCUCGGGGAGCCGCCCGAGGCUGGUCGUAGGGGCCCCGGGGCGCGCGGGGAGGGCGGCGCCUUGGGGAGGAGGCUGGUGGGGCGCUCGAGGAGCCAUCGCGGACUAAAUAAGGGCGGCGGCGGCGGCUGCGCGUGCGCCCAGCGGCGCGGGGGCGGGGGCGCCCUCGGGGAGAGCGCGGGCCUGGUGCUUCCGCGGCCCGGGGCUUGCGGCGGGGUCGCCGGGGGGACGCCCCUCAGGCCCGCUCUUCGGAGCCGAAGUCGGGCCGGGGCGCCGUACGCGGGCAGGGCCUGGAGCUGGGCCUUCGGCUUCGUGAAAGCUCUGCUCAACAUAGGAAGAGAAAACUGACAUGGAUUUGUUAAUCACCCAGCUGAAUGUGGAAGGCAUGCCCAAACACAUGCAGAGAACCCACUGGUAAAGGCUGAACGCUUUUUUCCCUUCAUUUUUUGGUUCUAGGCAUUUAAGGAAAUUGCUGUUGAAUCACUAGCUGACUAUUUGGCCAACAAACCAGUCACUUGUGAUGGAACAUGAUGGAGGAUAAUGUGAGAAAAAGAAUAUAUAUGUAUGUGUGUGUGUGUACAUAUGUAUGACUGGGUCGC